AUGAAUUCUUUUAACGCGCCCACUACCCAAAUUAAUGCAAUAGAUAAAAUGACAACAGUAAAAUGUAAAUCGGUAGAUUUGGAGGGAUACGUGAUUAUAGUGGUGCAAACCAAGGAUAAUAGAGUGAAAUUAUACGGUUCACCAUCGGCUGGCAAUUGGGACAACUUGGAAUUAGCUGACGAAAUCAUGGAUGUCAACGAGACCAAGCUUGAAGAUAUGUCAAGGACCGAAGUCUUGGGACAUAUACAUGAGUGCAUCUCGUCGUGUGUGAUCAAGCUACGGGUGAAAAGACGCAGCGAAACAAAGUUAUUAUCAGACAUCGGCCACAACAUCAUACAAGAUGCCUUCCUCAUCGCGGUGGAGGAACAGGCUCGACAGCGGCUACAGCGGUUGUCAGCCCUCAAACGUAUCACUCCAGUCGACAUGUCCAAACUUUCAGUAGAGUUAAAUAGAAGAAAAAGAACACAACCAGAGAAUAGACAAGAGUUAAAUGGUUAUAUAGCAAACUCUACAGUAUAUGUAACUUCUAUAAAUGAAAACGGAGCUAUAGAGAGUAAACCUACGAUAUCAUCGCCGAAAUCACAACCUAAAUCAUUGCAGGCGAAACCUGCACCUGUUAUAGCGAACGGUAUUCAAGUUGAAAAGAAGAAAGAAGCAGAGAUUAAAGAAGACAAAAUAGAACCUGAGAAACACGAAAAGGAUUCAAGUGAGAAAAGUAUCAAAGUUAAAGUGGAAAGUGAAGUGAAAAUUGAAAGUGAAGUGACUAGUGAUAAAGAUGUUAGUAAAAGUGACCUAUAUAGUGUUGCGAGAGAGCAUUUGAACAACGGUAGAAGUGAAAAACUUUUAGGAGAACAACCUGAUCAUAGGAUCAGAGCUACGGCAAUAGUAGAGAGCAAUAAAUUAGCACCAGGAGAGAAAGGACCCCGGAGACGGUCAGGGUCCAGUAUAGUGGUGCUCGGUGCUGAGGACGAGAAACGACCGCCGCCGGAUGACGACGGAGAAAUGCUCACUAUGCUUUCACUGUCUUCUGACACUGGUCCCCACCGUGAAAUGGCGGUGGAUGUUCCGGACAGCUUCAUCGCGAGGAAUAAAACACCCCCUCGCUACCCACCACCUCGGCCACCUCAGGUACGCCUUCGGGCAACCAGAGACGACGAACCACUUUUAUUAUCAUCGGGUGGAUCAGGCACAAGUUUCGGCAGUAAACAGAGUACUGUGCUUCAAAGCACUCUAGAUAUAUCAGAACCCAGUUCUGAAGGUUCGGGUAGUUUCAAGAAUAACAGUACCAUGGAAUUACUCUCAUUACCUCAAAGCUCGGAAGGUUCUGGAACUAGUUUCGGGAGUAAGAAAAGCAAAGGAUCUUCAGAAACAGCCAAAUGUGGGGACUUGAUGUCUGAGAGAUCGGAAUCAGUAGCAUCCAAUACGACGCACAACUUAAGCGACCAUAAGAUCCAACUUCUUAUCUCUAAUGGGGACGACUCUUUGCUCGAUUGUAGAGAGGGAGUGACGUACUCUGCAGGAUCGGACUCCGUGUUGAUCCGAGAAGCUGUGUAUGCAUCUUAUAAACUUCCUCCUGGGUUUGACACGACUCCAGUGCUUCUUGGGAGGGAGGUAGCUGUAGAUGUGCCAGACACGUUUGUUCAGAUAGUGAAAACAACACCGAAAUAUCCUGGUAUCGUGGACAGAAAGAGCGUGGCGUUUCAGCAGGUCAACGGCACCCUGAAGUCUACAGCUCCAGCAGUGCCACCAAGGGAAGUAGCCAGGGAUGCGCCACCGAGACCCGCUCACGAUAAUGUCACUAAGGAGCAGAUGGACUCCAUAAAGAAAUAUCAAGAACAGCUACGACAACGCAAAGAAGUUGAAGAACGUAUAGCAGCGCAAAAUGAAUUCCUUAGAACGUCAUUACGGAGCUCUCACAAACUUCAGGCUCUGGAGUCGACGCCGCCGUCGUCCGGGACAGCAUUUAUCAACGAUGCAUACGAGGAUGAUUUGAGCGAUGAUUCAACGCACCUUUACACAGUUGUUGAUUAUCAAGAAGUAUGUGCUGCACUAUCAAGGGUGCAAAAGGCACUUGGUGCAAAUGGCGAGUCAGCGCUUGCAGCGCGUGUCGCAGGCGCUGCCGGUGUACUACUUUGUCCUGCGCUAAGAACAGCGCUAGCGACGCGCUCUGCUGUUCUCACCGCUGUAAGACACAAACGACAAGGACUAUCGCCGCCGCAUACGCAUCGAGCUACAGACAGGUUGAAAGACUGUAUGGACGUACUAAGUACACAAACGGCUGCAGGAAGCGAGUCGUCGGCACUAGCGGCGGAACUUCUCGCGGUACUGGGCGGCAUGGAGUUGGAAAGUCUGAUCCAGGCUCACGAUCAGGCAGCCGCUCUACUCGAUCCCGCCUGCUUUAACAGGGGAAAGAGGCAUAAGACUGGAAACAACUAUAAUCACAAAGGAGAGAACGAUAAAGCUUUAACUGCGCAUUCGCCAGACGAUCCAAGCGAACACAUCAAAAUUAUUAAAAUUGAAAAGACUAAUGAACCACUUGGUGCUACGGUAAGAAAUGAAGGUGAAGCAGUCAUAAUUGGAAGGAUAGUGAGAGGAGGAGCGGCAGAAAAAUCAGGUCUAUUACACGAAGGAGAUGAGCUGCUGGAGGUGAACGGCGUGGCGAUGCGAGGCAAGUCAGUGCACGAAGUGUGCCAGGUGCUAGGCUCGUUGUCGGGCACGCUGUCGGUGGUGCUGGCGCCGCGCGCGCCGGCUCGCUCUCCCGCGACUCGCCCGCAGCCGCCCGUGCACCGCGUGCUACACGUACGCGCGCAUUUCGACUACGAUCCCGAGGAUGACGUCUACAUACCCUGCCGGGAGCUCGGUAUAAGUUUCCAAAAAGGCGACGUGUUACACGUGAUCAGCCGUGACGAUCCGAAUUGGUGGCAAGCGUUCCGGGAAGGUGAAGAGGACCAAACACUCGCAGGCCUGAUACCCAGUCAAGCGUUCCAACAUCAACGAGAGUCAAUGAAAUUGACGCUAGCGGGUGAAGUUGCUGCGAGAGAUAAAACAAGAAAAGGUGGAACGUUGCUUUGUGCCAAAAAGCCACCUAGAAAGAAGAAAGGAAAGAAGGCCACAAGUGAAGCAGGAUAUCCACUGUAUUCGACUUCUGGAGCAGAUGAAUACGAACAAGAAGAGAUCCUAACAUACGAAGAGGUAGCGUUGUACUACCCUCGAGCGUCGCAUAAGCGGCCCAUCGUCUUGAUCGGGCCACCCAACAUCGGCCGUCACGAACUCCGUCAGAGGCUUAUGGAGGAUAGUUCCAGAUUCGCCGCGGCUGUACCUCAUACGUCUCGACCGCGCAAAGACCACGAGGUGCCCGGGCAGGAUUACCACUUUAUAUCACGUACACAGUUCGAAGCCGAUAUACUGAACAGGAAGUUCGUUGAGCACGGAGAAUACGAGAAAGCAUACUACGGAACAUCACUAGAAGCGAUACGGGAAGUUGUCAACUCCGGGAAAAUCUGUGUACUCAACUUACAUCCACAGUCACUGAAGAUCUUAAGAAAUUCCGAUCUCAAGCCAUACACUGUGUUUGUAGCUCCUCCUAGUCUCGAGAAGCUAAGACAGAAGAAAAUCAGGAAUGCAGAAGCAUUCAAGGAGGAGGAGUUAAAAGAAAUAAUAGCAACAGCGAGAGACAUGGAAUUACGAUGGGGCCACUUGUUCGACAUGAUUAUCAUUAAUAACGACACACAACGUGCCUACCAACAGUUGUUGAAUGAAAUCAACAGCUUAGAAAGGGAGCCACAGUGGGUGCCCGCGCACUGGUUGAAGCACACCUAGCAGGGGAUGGGCAGCUGCGGCUCCGACGGCCGCGACGGCUCCGAUGGCCCCCCCGGGCCCCUCGCGGCCCGCCCCCACGCCCCCUGCGGGCACCACGCACUCGAGAGAGACACCGGAAUGUUCAAGCUCGUAUUAUUGUUGGAAAUAAUUAUGCAAAUGGUUUUACAUUUGCUUUUCUACUUUAUCAAUUCAUGCGAUAGACGGCGAAAAUAUGCGUUAAAAAGAGAUAGGUUGUUGGCGAAUGGUGAAACGAGUUCUGUAGGUAAUACUAAUGAUAGUGUCGAGGUACGUAGUGACGCGAGUACCUAUGGAUUCCGAUCCUGAAACGGUAGAUGAAAAAUUAGAAUUUAGAAAUGUGUUCCCAAAUAUUACUUAUUUAGUUAACGAUCAUUUACGGAACUAAUAAGAGAGAUCGGUUGCUCGAUAUUCGAUUGUUGGGUGUAUUUUGUUUCACUCGAUUGCGACAAUAAAAGAGUGACGAAAUAUGUCGACAGUGCCGUGGUUUUUAUAUUUACAUUAUAUCAAGUUUCAACCUGACGUCUACUUGUCCUAAACAAAUUACAUUUAUAACAGAUUAUCUGUCGUAAUGUUACACAUUAACAUUGUAAUAGGUUAGUGACAAGUUGACAAUGUCAGGUAUUACUUAUAUUUUUACUUACAAAUCUUGUAAAUUUAAAAAAAUAAAGUGAGGUGCAAAAUACUUAUGAAAUGUUUCGUAUUACGGAAAUGCCGGGAUGAGAGAAAUUUAGUAAUAUUAUUAAUUCGUAUGCGAAUGGUAGACCACAAAAUUUACGUAUUUAAUAAAUAGAUUUAUUAGGAUUUCAUUAACUUUACAUCAAAAUACUGGCAAUAAUUAAAUCACUGUCGUCUGAUAUUAGUGAUAAAAUUUUCGUAUGUAGAAACUUGAACCAACGAAUCCAUUUUUAACGUUCAAAAUAUACGGUUGGAUUUUUUUAGAAUAACCAAUAUACCUACUGCCUUAUACGUGAAUGUUGAGUAAUUAUAAAGUUUAAUAAUUCUUUUGUUAAAGUUACAAAUGAAGAGAUGGUCAUAUCCUUGUAGAGCUUUUCUUCAGCGAUCGUCUCUUUAUUAAUAACUUUAACAAACUUUAUAAAUAGGAAAUAAAAAGUUUCACUGAUUAUCGGUUAUACACUUUUAUGCUCACGUCUGUAGUUUUAAUAGUACGUUAUUGUAUUUAAAUUUUUACUUGAGAUUUUGACUAGGCAAUAGUGUGCGGUUCAACUUAAUUUUAUCUGCUUAUCAUUGUAAUUAGACACUUUGAACUUAUUUAAAAUUAAAGGUAAUUUAUUGCAUUCCUUUCAUUUAAAUUAUUCCGCUGGUCGGUUUUUGUAAUAUUGAAUGGUAAUUAUCCAAUAAUCGCGUCUGUUGAAUAGAAUUUAAUCCGUGCCCUUAUUGGUACAUGUAUGUUUACAUGUACUCAGAUUUUGUUCUGGGAGAGCAUUAGAAGCGUAAAAUGUUUUUAAUUAGUAAAUAAGUAUACAAAAAUUCCGUAAUCUUUUAGCCUCUCUUACUUGCUUAAUGAGAUUUAAAAUACUUCGUCGUAUUAUCUGAAGACUGUUCCCAUGUAUCUACUCGGUUUUAUUAAAAUAUUUAUAAAAUUGAUGUUCCAAAUACAAAUAUUGAUAAUAAAAUAAAAUAAUAAAUUCCAUUAAUAAAUAAGAUGCAAUUUUUUAAAUAAGCAUGUUAAACUUAUAAAAAUGUUGAUCAUUUACAGUUAAGAUUUUAUUCUAUCAACAAUAAUGCAAAGGAAUUUAUAGGUUGCAAUUUAAAAUAGAUAGCGAAUAAUAAAUAUGAUGCAUAAAACAAUAAAAUACCUUUUUCUCUAUUGCCAAAUUUAUACGGUAGAAAAUAAAAUACUAGGGUUUUUGAAAAAUUUCUCCAGUAGUAUUCUUGUGGGUUCUCUUGUGGAAUGACUUGAUGGUAGAAUUUUAAUAGUUACAAUAAACCACCUAUAUUAAACACUGCUAUGAUAGUGAGUAGAAAAGCAAUAUUUUAUAUCCGUAUAAUCAAUUUUUCCUACUGUACAACGACAUAUCUGUUUUUUAGAGUAUACCUAUUUGAAUUUUCGGCCAAUAGAAUUCUUAUGUAUCCUUUUUGUAAAUUUACCACUAAGUAUAACUAUGAUACAAUAAUAUGACGAAUAGUCACGAGUUUGGUGUGUUUACUUUGUAAUAUGAAUAUUCAGCUUUUUUUUACAGUUUAUGUGUUUUUAUUCGAAUGAUAUAACUCGACGACCCUAGUCAGCGAACCAUUGUAGGCACUACAUAAAGACACUGGUGUCGCAGUGGUCCGCACUAUGUAGAUUAGGUUGCCAGAGAUUAUUAUUAGAUGGAGGUUAGUAUAUAAUGGCAAUAUUAUUGUAUGACACAAUAUUCUAAAUGUCCAGAAGUUAAGUAUUCAAAAUUAGUUUGAUUACAUUAUUUGUAUAUCUACAUAGAUAGAUUGUGCAUUCCAAAUAAUUUAGUGCCAAAUACAUAAGGCCACGAUGAAUAGUGGGGUCAAUGUUCUUUUUUAAUAAUCACAAGUUUUUAAUUCAUAAUAAAGUUGUUUUAUAUGUAUGUUGUAGGUGCGUUAUACCAUUACCAUUUCGUGUUAUGUGUACUGAUUUUGAGAUAUGGUGUCAUGUUUUUGGAUUGAUUGAGAAAUAUUCAUUAGUUGCGUAAGUCGGAAUAUGUAUUUAAACAUACAUCAGUGGUAGCCUGUGAGGUGCUAAAAUUUGUAAACAAAAUGUUGUUUUAUUAUAAUCUGCGUGUUUUAAGUUAUUGUUAAAUCGACAUGUGCAUGAAUAAUAUUUUGAAUGGAAUCUUAUCUGCGUAUGUACUUAAUUAUUACUGUAAUUUUAAAAGUAAUGAACAAUAAUCAAAAUAUUUUUCAUGCACAUAAUCGGUUGCACCUAAUGUGGAUUUGUCGAGAUUUCACAGUAUUGAUAUUAUCUAAUUUAUAAAUAGUCCUGUAUAUAAUUUAUUAACAACUGAAUAAAUAAUAAAAUAUAAAUAUUAUGUUAAUAUAGAACAAUUUAAUGUACAUAAUAGAGUACCUAUUAAAUUUAAU